AUGGCCUCAAGACCAGCCUUUGCAGCUCUCGGCUGCCUGCAAUGCCGCAACCAAGUCUUGAGAGCCGUCACCUCCAGCUCGGCCAGCUUCCUUCGCGCUCCCGUUGUCGCAGCAAACACAACUCUGCGCCCUCGUAGCAGCCUACAUAGAGCUUUUUCGGCCCUGCCGCCCGACACGCCCUCGCCCAAGCCGAACAACGAGCCGAUCUCCUCAGAGACAUCAGAGAACGCCGCGAAGGAGAUCGAACAGCCCGAUGAAGCGAAGCCCAGCGAGACCGAAGACACACCAUGGUUCCUGCAGGUUCAGCCCCCUACGCAUGCACCGACCCAGCAGGUGUCACCGUUGCCUGAACUGCCCGAAUCUUCGCCUGCUUUGCUCGAGCCCUUGCUAAAGUACGUCUACGAAGAAAUGGGUCUCGAUGACCUUUCCCUCUUGGACCUGCGCGCCCUCGAUCCGCCUCCCGCCUUGGGACCGAACCUUCUUAUGCUGUUCGCGACGGCCCGAAGUGAGCGGCAUCUACACGUGUCGUCUUCGCGACUGGUCAAGUGGCUUCGCCAUCACCACAGGAUCGAGGCCAAUGCCGACGGGCUCAUUGGCCCUGGCGAGCUCAAGACAAAGCUGCGAAGGAUGAGGAGGAAAGCAAAGCUGCUAGGCACGAGUGCCAUGGCCGCCAGGGGUGGCGACGACGGCAUUUCGACUGGAUGGAUCUGCGUCAACCUCGGCACCACUGGAUCUACCUACAACGAAGCUGCUCGCUUCGAUGCUGAGGGCAAAAUGUCCGGAUUUGGUGGGCCCGUCACCGGCUCGACCAUUGUCGUACAGGUCAUGACCGAGUCCCGGCGCAACGAGUUGGAUCUCGAGCGUCUGUGGACCCAGCAACUCAUCCGAAGCCAAGCCCAGGAGCGCAGGGUGGCAGAGGAGACUUCCGAGUACCACAAUCGCUUCGGAAAGCUCCCCACCACGGCCAACGUUCGCGCCCGCAGACCUAAUUACUCCAAGGAUACCCAAACAAGAAGCUUCUCGACUCGUCUCUCUCGGCCAUCGGAAGAAGCCGCUCAACAGGCCCCCACCGAGGCGGUCGGCGCAGGUAUUACUCCUUCAGCAAGCUCGAACUCCGUCACAGACCCGCUGAACAAAUAUCGCCAGCGUGUUAACGAGAUCCGGUGGGAGGGGGCGCAGGUCGGCGUAGAGGAGUGCUUGGACAUCCUCAAAGGCAUUUUCCGCGCGCCCUCGGCCGACGAGGCCCAUGCCCGGAACCAAGCCGACCUUGCUACCGAGGUCAUCACGACGAUGCACGAACGUGGCAUGCCCAUUAUGGACCACGAGAUGCUUGUCACCAUCAUCGAAGCCGUUGCCUCAUCUGGCUCUCAGGCCGACAAGAUUCGCAACAUCCAGUCCAACCUGGAGAUGGUCAUGCUGCAAGGGACACAGUCGUCGCCAACUGAGGCCCAGUUGGUCCGUUUGCUCAAGGCUUACGCGAGUCAGGGCAAUUGGGAACAGUUUUGGGAGACAUGGAGCGUUCCCGCCCGUUACAGCCAACGUAGAGGACCGGAGAUGUACAGGGAAGUAUUUGCCGUGGCCUGGCACACCGGCAGCAUGGCCAGAUGCAUUGAAACCCUGAGGAAAUGUGUUCCCGAGAUGAGGUUGGAACAGCCGCCGGUGCUGCCAGACAACGCCGUCUGGCCUGACCUUACGGCAUGCAUCCGCAUUGCCGACCCCAAUGCCGAACACAUCAGCGAGCACAUGGUGUCCAGGGGCAGCCAGUCGACUGAAAGCCACAAGGCCGCCAACACGGAGUUUGUCAGGAUGCUGAAAGAGCUCAAGGCCAUACGGCAAAACAUCUGA